GCUGGGGUGGCGGGGGUCGCCGCGGUCGCCGGCUCCCAGGCGGCCAUGACGGCGGCCGAGGAGGCCGAGGGGCCCGCGCUCUGGCGCCUGCCCGAGGAGCUGCUGCUGCUCGUCUGCUCCUACCUGGACGCGCGCGCGCUCGGCCGCUUGGCCCAGGUGUGCCGUUCGCUGUGGCGCGUCACCAGCUGCGACCCGCCGUGGCGCCGCAUCGCGCGGGCCUCGCUCAACGCCGGCUUCUCGCGGCUCGGCAAGGACCUGCUGAGCAGUGUCCCAGUGAAGGAACGCGUAAAGGUGUCUCAAAACUGGAGGCUGGGGCGCUGCCGAGAGGGGACUCUGCUGAAGUGGAGAUGCAGUCAGAUGCCGUGGAUGCAAUUAGAGGAUGAUUCUCUGUACAUAUCCCAGGCUAAUUUCAUCCUGGCCUACCAGUUCCGUCCUGAUGGUGCCAGCCUGAACCGUCGGCCUUUGGGAGUCUUUGCUGGGCACGAUGAGGAUGUUUGUCACUUCGUGCUGGCCAGCUCACAUAUUAUCAGUGCAGGAGGAGAUGGGAAGAUUGGUGUUCAUAAGAUACACAGCAACUUUGCUGUCAAGUACUCGGCUCAUGAACAGGAGGUGAACUGUGUGGACUGCAAAGGGGGCAUCAUUGUGAGUGGCUCCAGGGACAGGACCGCCAAGGUAUGGCCUUUGGCCUCAGGCCGGCUGGGGCAGUGCUUACACACCAUCCAGACGGAAGACCGAGUCUGGUCCAUUGCUAUCAGCCCGUUACUCAGCUCUUUUGUGACUGGGACGGCUUGUUGUGCCCACUUUUCACCCCUGAGAAUCUGGGACCUCAACAGCGGGCAGCUGAUGACACACCUGGGCAGUGACUUCCCCCCAGGGGCUGGGGUGCUGGACGUCACGUACGAGUCCCCUUCUACACUGCUGUCCUGUGGCUACGACACCUAUGUACGCUACUGGGACCUUCGCACCAGUGUCCGGAAGUGCGUCAUGGAGUGGGAGGAGCCCCACGACAGCACCCUCUACUGCCUGCAGACAGAUGGCAACCACCUGCUGGCCACAGGCUCCUCCUACUACGGCGUGGUGCGGCUGUGGGACCGGCGCCAGAGGGCCUGCCUGCACGCCUUCCCGUUGACCUCGACCCCACUCAGCAGCCCUGUGUACUGUCUGCGGUUCACCACCACGCACCUCUACGCUGCGCUCUCAUACAACCUCCACGUCCUGGACUUUAAAAACCCGUGAAGAGACGGGCCGCCCACCCGCCCGAGGGCCGAGAACCGCCUACCGCCCCUGCCUGGAGCCUGUGGUGCUGCUCCGCCCUUGCCCUGUCCUGUUCCCUGCCCUGCGGCCACAGUGAUCGGGCACCUGAAGUGGCAGCGUCUCCUGGGGCAGGGUCUGGAGGCGCAGUGAGCAGCUGGGACUGCGGGUCUGCCCUCGCCCCGCCCCUGCGCCUCCCUGGGCAGCCUGCAGGGCAGGGGAGCUGCCACCUCCUGUCAGGCCCCUCCCGGGACACUGUGGCCGGCUUGCACCUUGGGCUCUGCGCUAGCCCUGCACCGCAGGCAGGCUGUGGAAGCACGCCGCUGCUGUCGUUUUUGUAAAAAUAAAGCUUGGCUGUUUCACACA